AAGAACAUAAUUAUCGAAGAUGAGAACCUUGCCAAUGAGAACGAGAAGAACAUGGAGAUCACGACCGUGGAGCUCUAUAGAGCCUCCAUUACCUGAAGGCUACUAUGGAAAUGCCUUCACCUAUGCUUCCGUGGCAUUGACAGCGGAAGAGCUAAGCAAAACGCCGAUGUCUCGCCUUGUGAUGCUCAUAAAAGACGCGAAGAGAGAGGCGCUCGAUAAUGGUAACGUGUGGGAGAAACUUAGAGAGAUGGAGAAUACAAUGAAGCUGAAGUUAGCUUCCGAGGAGAUCCACGGAGGAGUUUUCAUGAUGCUGACUGAUUGGCGUCAUCUUGGGUUGGAUCAAGACGUUUGGGGAGGUUUAAUGAACAUUAUACCUUUGGUUCCUCUGACACUGCCUUUUAUGUGUGUUUUGUUGCCGGCGUCAAAAGCGGUUCCAGGGAAGAGUGGUGGUGUUCGGAUGCUGACAACACUUCCUAGAGACGCGAUGGCCAAGUUCAAGGAAGAGAUGGAUGCACUCCAUCCGUGAAACGAUGUUAGCUCAUAAGAAUAUGAUUCUAGCUCCUAAUUAUCAUCGAUCAUUGGUUCCAUGAUAUGCUUGGUUUA